UAUAACACACAGCGACUCUUUCCCAUCAUGCAGUUCGGCAGUGAUAAAAUGAGGCAAGAUGGCGACUAAAAUAAGCAAAGAGGGUCCUCCUCCUUUUGAUUGUCCAACAUGGGCAGGCAAGCCGCCCCCAGGACUCCAUCUAGACGUGAUGAAGGGAGACAAACUCGUUGAGAAACUGAUUAUAGAUGAAAAGAAGUACUACUUGUUUGGAAGAAACCCAGACUGGUGUGACUUCACCAUCGACCAUCAGUCAUGCUCACGUGUCCACGCAGCCUUGGUCUACCACAAACACCUGAAGAGGGUCUUUCUCAUAGACCUGAACAGUACACAUGGCACCUUCCUCGGACACAUCCGUCUGGAGGCACACAAGCCUCAGCAGAUUCCCAUAGACUCUACAAUGUCCUUCGGUGCUUCAACGCGGACGUACACUAUCAGAGAGAAACCCCAAACUCAAGGCACAGCUGGGACAGGGGACAGUAAGACGGGAGACGACGAGGAGCUGAAAGGACUGCUUGGGCUUCCUGAGGAGGAGACGGAGCUGGAGAACCUGACAGAGUUCAACACAGCCCACAACAAGAGGAUCUCCAUGCUGACCAUUGAGGAGGGCAACUUAGAAAUCCAGAGGCCUAAGAGGAAACGGAGGAACUCCAGAGUAACCUUCAAUGAGGAGGACUCUAUCAUCAAUCCAGAGGACAUAGACCCCUCGGUGGGACGCUUUAGGAAUAUGGUGCAGACUGCUGUCAUCCCAAUAAAGAAACGCAGAUCAGAGGGCCAAAACAGUCUCGGUCUGGACGACCUGAGUUUGAAACGUAUCCAUGGCUACAGCUUGGGCGGUGGUCUCUAUGGUGACUUGCCUCCCACCAGUCAUGAGAACCAGCCCACGGGAGCCCCAGGAGGCGCUGCUAUGCAGGGAGGGCUCCCUCUGCCCUUCCCCAACCCAGCCCCAGAGGUGGACCUGGCCCCAGAAGACCCCAUGCCCCCUGUCACCCUCAACCCCACCCCUGUCACAGCCCCUUACCUACCAGAGACCCUCAACGAGCCACGCAAAAAGAAGUAUGCCAAAGAGGCUUGGCCGGGAAAGAAACCCACCCCCUCACUACUUAUCUAACCGGUUCGUUAAAGCCGCUGACUCUCAGGUUACCAGCUGAUUCUUCAGGGACUGUGACCUGGCGGGAGGCGGAGUCGUAUGCUUCUCAAUUCUCUCCUUUUUUUUUAUUUGUUGUGUUUCUCAUUGUCAGCACAGAAAGGCACCACAUCAUUUGCCUGUGGUUUGUCAUCAACAGGUACCAUCUAUUUGUCAAAGUCAGCAGUUAAAAUGUGGAACAGAGAAAUCGUACAGAUUGCAAAAUAAAUGACGAAAAAAAGGAAACCCCUCUGUUGGCAUUGAUAACUGUGAGUGACAGGUUACACGGACAUGAUGGGCCAUUUGGUUAUGUUUUUGAUUGUGUGAGGUGUAAAGUUGGAAUUUCUUUUUGUACAAGACAUGUUUCAACAGAUUUUUUGUCACUCCAGUAUUUUGAUAAUGCUGUCAAACAUGACAAAAAAAGUAGUUUUUAUAAGAGAUUUUACUGUGAGAAGUCAGAAAAGGCAGACAUGAAGUCAGUUUCUAUCAGAACACAGGGCUGCUUUUCUUUUUCAAACCUUAUUGAUAAAAUGUGAUUGAGUGUUUUACUCCCUGAAACAUUUCCAUACAUGUACUAGACCAAUGUGACAUCAACCAAAGUGUCUUGCAUUUGACUGACAAGCCACUAGGUGGUGACUCGAGCACAAAGAGUUUUCCCUGACAGGCUGCCGACUUGCAGGUGUAUUUGGUUCUCACCAGUUGAACUUACUUUAUCAUUGUUGAGGAAAAAAUGGUGCAUCCCAUUAAAAGGGGGUCUGGCAAGUUUAUUCAUUUGGACACUUCUGCAUAUAAAAAGCAGUUUCCCCUGCCCAAGUGGUUUGACUGUAUUUUUUUCUUUGGCUUUUUACAACAUGUUUGGUUUUUUAAUGAGUUGUUGCCCUUUUCCCCAGCACCAGUGUACUGUAAAUAAAAGGAUCUUACAGUUUUCUAUGUUGGCAAUUAA